AACUGCUUAUUUCCGGUGAUCCAACAACAAAUAAGGUUAGCUAACCAGACUAUGGUUGACUGGGCUUCCUUUUGCCGUGAGGUGGUGUACGACAGUAUGAUUGUCAGGAAGGUGAUGAUUGGUGGACACGGACAUACGGUUGAAAUCGACGAAUCAAAAUUUGGCAAAAGAAAGUACCAUCGAGGGCACCGAGUAGAAGGGCAAUGGGUUUUCGGCGGUUACGAACGAGAGACAGGUAAUUGUUUCAUGGUGCCAGUUGAAAAUCGUACCGCCGAAACACUAUUAAAAAUUAUUAAGGACUGGGUGAAACCUGGAACCACAAUAAUUUCAGAUUGUUGGAAGGCAUACAAUACUUUAAACAAUGAGGGCUACGUUCACCUUACGGUGAAUCACAGACUGCAUUUUAAAGAUCCAGAAACUGGAGUCCACUCCAAUACCAUAGAAGGAUCAUGGAAACACGCUAAGGCGUCUUUGUCACAGUAUUGUAGGAAAAAGGAGUUUUACGCGGGGUACUUAGCCAACGGCAUAAACGAUAACGAGUACGACGACAACGCAAGCGGCGGCGACGACGACGAUAGAGAUAACAACGAUAGAGAUAGCCACGACAGUAACGACGACGAAGCACCUGCAUAUUCGUUAUUUUUAUAA